UGAAAACGGCUAUCGAUAUUUUCCAAUCAUCGAAUGUUUGAAUGUGAUAACUGAUCGAUUGAUUGAUGGAUAGAUGAUCGAACGUUAUCGAACGAAUAAACGAAAAAAAACGAAAUAUGUCUGGUGUUCGAAAUGCAUUAAAUUGUAGUUUUGUUGCAUGUCGUUCGAAUCUUCGAAAGUGUUGGCAUUUUAUACUCUGUUAUAAACCACAAUUAUUAUCAACAACAAACAAUCAAUAUCAAGUAUUGUGUUUAGGUUUAUCCGGUUCGGGCAAAAGUACAUUACUUGCACAAUUAGUUGGCGAACAAACCAAUGGUAUUGAACCGACAAAUGGUUUUAAUAUAAAAACAUUACCAUUAAAUGGUAUUAUAUUAAGUGUUAAAGAAUUGGGUGGUUCCGAACGUUUACAAACAUUUUGGUCAAAUUAUUAUGAAAAUAAACAUGCCCUAUUAUUUAUUGUAAAUAUUGCAUCAAAUGAAAUAAUAAUGCAAAAAUCAUUGGAUACAUUACGUACAAUAUUAAUGAAUCCAGGUUUACGUGGCCGACCAUUAAUGAUUAUCGGUACACAUAAAGAUCAACCAGAAGCUCGUACACAACAACAAAUUGAACAAUAUUUUCAACCAUUAUUAAAUGGUCAUAAAUGCAAAAUAUUAUGCUGUUCAGCAUUGGAUCGUAAUUCAAUAAUGGAUGCAUUUGCUGCACUUAUUGUGCUAAUUAAAAAUGUCUUUCCGUCGUCAUGAAAAAAAAAUAACACAAAAUAUCGUCCAUAUGAAAUCAUCAAUAUCAUUCGAUUGUUGUUGCAUCUAUU